CAUGGCAACUCAGCGCGGAACAGACUCGCCUUCGCAGGCCGAGAAUUCGGUUCGCUUUAGUACUCAGAACCAGGAGAUCGAGCCAGAGCCCAACUUGUCACCCGUUCGCUCUCUGACUGGCCAUGAUGGACAGCAGAGGGAGAACCUGACUCCCGAGGCAGAAGAGGAACUGAGACAGCUCAAGACGACCCUCCAGAAUGGCCUGCAAUCCAAGCGCAUGGAGCACUACUCGUUCGAGCCUGUCUCGUUGCCAGGCUCGCAGCCAGUCUCUAGGGUGCCCUCGGGUCAGUCUAACAGACGACCCGUGAUGCCAGCAGGCUCCGCCCAUCCCUCUCCUCGCCCAUCACCCCCUGCUUCAGCCUUCCACUCUCCACCUCUAACUCCAUCGGCAUCUCGCUCUCGCGAAGGCAAGCCCGCUGCCAGCACAGCUGCCUCCGUGUCUCAACUGGCCAUAGCAAGAGCUGGCGGAGAUAUCAUGACCCCUCAGCUAUCGGCAUCGCAACCCGGCUCACGAGUCACUUCAACCGAUGAGACUGGCGUAUCCGCACACCCCAGACAACAGCCUCGCUUUUCACUCGGUCCUGCUGGCGACUCCGUGCCCCCNUCGCGCGACCAAAGUCCCGUUCAUUCAGGUGCAAGCACCCCGACUGGUUCAGGAAGUGUAACGCCUUCUGCUACAUAUACGAAGCCAUGGCCACAGGGUGACAAAGACGACCCGUACGCCCGCAGCAAAAGAGCCCCUCCCACUCGCAAUGUAGACUCCAUCGACGCCCGCUUCCGCUUUGGCAACAGAGAUCCUCGCAAGGGACACAGCACUUCUGGUACUUCGCUGGUUUCCCUUCCUGCAGCAGCUACUAGCUCGAGUUCAGCGAGCCUCAAACCAUCGGAUGCCGACAAAAGAACAAGUUUCUUCGGCGGGAAGAAACACGAUCAUCAUCAUGAUGAUACUGUAAAAGACAAGGACAAGUCUGCUUCCAAGGUCAGCUUGAAGCGCUUCUUCAAGAUUGGCGACAAGAAAGACAAGAGUCGCGCAAACUCGCCUGUCAGGAGCGGAAGUUCGACACCAUCUGGUCAAUCCCAGAGCCUACCAUUUGCCGACGACCAUGGACUGGCUUCCAAGUAUGGUAAAUUUGGCAGAGUACUCGGCUCAGGAGCUGGCGGAUCUGUCAGACUCAUGAAGAGAACUGCAGACGGCAAAACUUUUGCCGUCAAGCAAUUCCGUGCCCGCCAUACCUACGAAAGCGAGAGGGAGUACAACAANAAGGUCACGGCCGAGUUCUGUAUCGGUUCGACACUUCAUCAUGGCAACAUCAUUGAGACGAUUGACAUCAUCCAUGAAAAGGGCAACUGGUUUGAGGUUAUGGAAUAUGCUCCAUUCGACCUCUUCGCGAUUGUUAUGACCGGCAAGAUGUCGCGUGACGAGAUCACCUGCUGCACCUUACAAAUCCUCAGUGGCGUCCUGUAUCUGCACAGCAUGGGUCUUGCGCAUCGAGACUUGAAGCUUGAUAACGUUGUGGUUAAUGACCAUGGCAUCAUGAAGAUUAUCGACUUUGGUAGUGCUGUCGUCUUUAGAUAUCCUUUCGAAAACGACAUUGUGCUGUCUACUGACCCCUACCUUGCUCCUGAGGUCUACGACAACUCGCGAUACGACCCGCAACCCGCAGACAUCUGGUCAAUAGCAAUCAUUUUCUGUUGCAUGUGUUUGCGCCGAUUCCCCUGGAAGGCGCCAAGGAUUUCAGACAACUCAUACAGGCUUUUCGUGUCACCUCCGGAUCCUGGUCAGGAUCAGCUUCUUGCCCAAUCUCGACAAUCUAUCAGCAACGGCCCUGGAAAGACAGAGAAUGGUGCUUCGACUUCGGGCGACCAACCAAACCAACAAAUCAAGGGUCCGUUGCGUCUGCUUCGCCUACUACCACGUGAUACUAGACAUAUCAUUGGCCGUAUGCUCGACCUCGACCCGCGCCGCCGUGCCACCAUGGAUGAGAUUCUUGCCGAUCCUUGGGUUCAAAACGCCUACGUGUGUAGACAAGAAGAAGGAGGAGAGUGCUAUCACGCUCCUGGUCACACUCACGUCUUGGAGCCUGGCGGUGCGGCUCAAGCACCACCUAAGAAG